AUGGAGAGCAGAAUAUUUGAUAUGAAGAAACUUUUGAAGACCGAAGCAGAAAAAGUUAUUGAGAGGGUCUUGAUCUCCUUCAUCGAUGAAGACGGUCGACUUAGCGAUGUGACUCGCAUUAUCGGCAAGAAGAACGCUGGAGAUGAAGAAAGAAAGACUCAUCCAAUGUCUGGCACAGCGAGCUUUGGCGCUUGA